GAUUAAGAGCCCCAUCUCUAAAACUCUUAACUUGGUGCGGUUAAAUCGAGAGCGGAGCUCAGAUGCCAAAUCUCGUCCCCAGUGAGAAACUGUAGAAAGGGAAGGCGCUCCUGCACUGGGACGCUUUCACUUGUAAGAAACCAAAAGAAGGGGAUAAUCAGGGACAGAAAUUCAUAAAGUGGGGGAAAGAGCAGAAAGUGAGGAUUUAUGCAAAGAGAUGGGUACUGAGGAGAGAGAAAGAGAAAAGGAAAGAGAGAAAUAAGGGAAAUACUGAGAGGCACAGUGGGAGAGGGGGAAGAGACCACAGGGAGAGAAAAGGUCGCAGUGACCGAGCGGCAUAGAAAGACAUGGUGAAGAAGAGAAAAAAAGAGAUUCGGAAGGGAGACAGCAGAGAGAAGAGAAGAGACGAGAGACAGAGACUGACUGCGAGCGCCAGGAAAAGGAGAGAACUUUCUCUGCUCUCUCUCCGGGGCAGGGAGACUCAGCAAAGCCCGUCUCCACGAGGUGGCGGGACCGCGAUCGGCUGCCCCGGCGCUCCCGGCGCCUCUGGCCUCCGCCUCCUGCAGCCGGAGGCCGGCUGGGAGUCCUGCACCGGCCGAGGAGGGGACACGGUCUGGAAGGAGGCGGUCCCGCUCGCUUCGCUUUCUCCUCCCCUCUCCUCCUAGAGGCGGGCACCGGGGGUAUUUGAGCGGCGGAGGACCCGCGGCCCCCCCGCCUCCGCCCCCCAGCCCCCCAUUCAAGAAGCCGCUCCGCUAUCCCCGCCAGCACAGGGCGCCCGGCGCGCCUCGGAGCGCACGUUCCGCGCUUUCUCCGGCCCGCUCCCUGGACAUUAUGCGGCCGAGCAGCCGAGCCCCAGUCCUCCUCCUCCUCCUUCUCCUCCUGCGGCCCGAGCGGCUCAGCUCUCGGCAGGCGGCGGCGUUGCUCAGCCGAGCGCAGACGGGACCCUCGCGGCGAGCCCUCAGCGACUCCUAAAGUCAAAAGUUGGCGGCGGGCGCCGGGCUCCGCGCGCUCUCCGCGGCCGCUGCCUCGCGUCGCCGCCGCAGCCAAGGAGGGCAGGAGGGAGGGGGGGUGGGGGCAGCGGGGGGAGGGGUGGGGAGCACCAUGCAGUUUGUAUCCUGGGCCACACUGCUAACGCUCCUGGUGCGGGACCUAGCCGAGAUGGGGAGCCCAGACGCCGCGGCGGCCGUGCGCAAGGACAGGAUACACCCGAGGCAAGUGAAAUUAUUAGAGACCUUGAGCGAAUACGAAAUCGCGUCUCCCAUCCGAGUGAACGCUCUCGGAGAACCCUUUCCCACGAACGUGCACUUCAAAAGAAGGCGACGGAGCAUUAACUCUGCCUCUGACCCCUGGCCUGCCUUCGCCUCCUCCUCUUCCUCCUCUACCUCCUCCCAGGCGCAUUACCGCCUCUCCGCCUUCGGCCAGCAGUUUCUAUUUAAUCUCACCGCCCAUGCCGGAUUUAUCGCUCCACUGUUCACUGUCACCCUCCUCGGGGCGCCUGGGGUGAACCAGACAAAGUUUUAUUCCGAGGAGGAAGCGGAACUCAAGCACUGUUUCUACAAAGGCCAUGUCAAUACCAAGUCCGAGCACACGGCAGUCAUCAGCCUCUGCUCAGGAAUGCUGGGCACAUUCCGGUCCCAUGAUGGGGAUUAUUUUAUUGAACCACUACUGCCCAUUGAUGAACAAGAAGAUGAAGAGGAACAAAACAAACCCCACAUUAUCUAUAGGCGCAGCACCCCCCACAGAGAGCCCUCAACAGGAAGGCAUGCGUGUGACACCUCAGAGCACAAAAACAGUCACAGUAAAGACAAGAGGAAAACGAGAACGAGAAAAUGGGGAGGAAGGAGUAGCCUGGCUGAUGAUGUGGCAGUUUUAAAAAGCAACUUAGCAACAAAGGCGCUUUCUGCCUAUGAUAACAAGACGGACAGCACAAGGGAAAAGAGGACCCACAGAAGAACAAAACGUUUUUUGUCCUAUCCACGGUUUGUAGAAGUGAUGGUGGUGGCAGACCACAGGAUGGUUUUAUACCACGGAGCAAACCUUCAACACUAUAUUUUAACUUUAAUGUCAAUUGUAGCCUCUAUCUAUAAAGACCCAAGUAUUGGAAAUUUAAUUAAUAUUGUUAUUGUGAACUUAGUUGUGAUUCAUAAUGAACAGGAAGGACCUUCCAUAUCUUUUAAUGCCCAGACAACAUUAAAAAACUUUUGCCAGUGGCAGCAUUCGAAGAACUAUCCAGGUGGAAUCCAGCAUGAUACUGCUGUUCUUGUAACGAGACAGGAUAUCUGCAGAGCUCAUGACAAAUGUGAUACCUUAGGUCUUGCUGAGCUGGGAACCAUCUGUGAUCCCUACAGAAGCUGUUCUAUUAGUGAAGACAGUGGACUGAGUACAGCUUUUACAAUAGCCCAUGAACUGGGCCAUGUGUUUAACAUGCCUCAUGACGACAACAACAAGUGCAAAGAAGAAGGAGUAAAGAGUCCCCAGCAUGUCAUGGCUCCAACCUUGAACUUCUACACCAACCCCUGGAUGUGGUCCAAGUGUAGUCGAAAAUAUAUCACUGAAUUUUUAGACACUGGUUACGGCGAGUGUUUGCUUAACGAACCUGAAUCCAGACCCUACCCUUUGCCUCCCCAACUGCCAGGCCUCCUUUACAACGUGAAUAAACAAUGUGAAUUGAUUUUUGGACCAGGUUCUCAGGUGUGCCCAUAUAUGAUGCAGUGUAGACGGCUCUGGUGCAAUAACGUGGAUGGAGCGCACAAAGGCUGCCGGACUCAGCACACGCCCUGGGCCGACGGGACCGAGUGUGAGCCUGGAAAGCACUGCAAGUUUGGAUUUUGUGUUCCCAAAGAAAUGGAGGUCCCCGUGACUGAUGGAUCCUGGGGAAGUUGGAGUCACUUUGGAACCUGCUCACGAACAUGCGGAGGGGGCAUCAAAACAGCCAUUCGAGAGUGCAACAGACCAGAGCCAAAAAACGGUGGGAAGUACUGUGUAGGGCGUAGAAUGAAAUUUAAGUCCUGCAACACAGAGCCAUGUCUCAAGCAGAAGCGAGACUUCCGAGAUGAACAGUGUGCUCACUUUGACGGGAAACAUUUUAACAUCAAUGGUCUACUUCCAAAUGUGCGCUGGGUCCCUAAGUACAGUGGAAUUUUGAUGAAGGACCGGUGCAAGUUGUUCUGUAGGGUGGCAGGGAACACAGCCUACUAUCAGCUCCGAGACAGGGUGGUAGAUGGAACUCCAUGUGGCCAGGACACCAAUGAUAUCUGUGUCCAAGGCCUUUGCCGGCAAGCUGGAUGCGAUCAUGUUUUAAACUCAAAAGCCCGGAGAGAUAAAUGUGGGGUUUGUGGUGGCGAUAAUUCUUCGUGCAAAACAGUGGCUGGGACAUUUAAUACAGUCCAUUAUGGUUACAAUACUGUGGUCCGAAUUCCAGCUGGUGCUACCAAUAUCGAUGUGCGGCAGCACAGUUUCUCAGGGAAAUCAGAGGAUGAUAACUACUUAGCUUUAUCAAGCAGUAAAGGUGAAUUCUUGCUAAAUGGUGACUUCGUUGUCACAAUGUCCAAAAGGGAAAUCCGUGUUGGGAAUGCUGUGAUAGAGUACAGCGGGUCCGACAACGUAGUAGAAAGAAUAAACUCCACAGACCGAAUUGAACAAGAACUUUUGCUUCAGGUGUUGUCGGUGGGAAAGUUGUACAACCCCGAUGUGCGCUAUUCUUUCAAUAUUCCAAUUGAAGACAAACCCCAGCAGUUUUACUGGAACAGUCAUGGGCCCUGGCAAGCAUGCAGCAAACCCUGCCAAGGGGAGCGGAAACGAAAACUUGUCUGCACCAGGGAAUCUGAUCAGCUUACAGUUUCUGAUCAAAGAUGCGAUCGGCUGCCCCAGCCAGGACCCAUUACUGAACCUUGCGGCACGGAUUGUGACCUGAGGUGGCACGUUGCCAGCAGGAGUGAAUGUAGUGCCCAGUGUGGCUUGGGUUACCGCACAUUAGACAUCUACUGUGCCAAAUAUAGCAGGCUAGAUGGGAAGACCGAGAAGGUUGAUGACAGCUUUUGCAGCAGUCACCCCAAACCCAGCAACCGGGAGAAAUGCUCAGGAGAAUGUAACACUGGUGGCUGGCGCUAUUCGGCUUGGACUGAAUGUUCUAAAAGCUGUGACGGUGGAACCCAGAGGAGAAGGGCCAUUUGUGUCAACACAAGAAAUGAUGUACUGGAUGAUAGCAAAUGCACACAUCAAGAGAAAGUCACCAUUCAGAGGUGUAAUGAGUUCCUUUGUCCACAGUGGAAGUCGGGAGACUGGUCGGAGUGCUUGGUCACCUGCGGAAAAGGGCAUAAGCACCGCCAGGUCUGGUGUCAGUUUGGCGAAGAUCGAUUAAAUGAUAGAAUCUGUGACCCUGAGACCAAGCCAGCCUCCAUGCAGACCUGUCAGCAGCCAGAAUGUGCGUCCUGGCAGGCAGGUCCCUGGGGACAGUGCAGUGUCACUUGUGGACAGGGAUACCAGCUAAGAGCAGUGAAAUGCAUCAUUGGGAGUUACAUGUCAGUGGUUGAUGACAAUGACUGCAAUGCAGCCACUAAACCAACUGAUACCCAGGAUUGUGAAUUGCCUUCUUGUCACCCUCCCCCAGCUGCCCCAGAGGCACGGAGAAGCAUACACGGUGCACCAAGAACUCAGUGGCGAUUUGGCUCUUGGACUCCAUGCUCAGCCACUUGUGGAAAAGGUACCCGAAUGAGAUAUGUCAGCUGCCGGGACGAGGACGGCUCUGUGGCUGACGAGAGCGCCUGUGCGACCCUGCCUCGACCCGUGGCAAAGGAGGAAUGUUCUGUGACCCCCUGUGGGCAGUGGAAGGCUUUGGACUGGAGCCCUUGCUCCGUGACGUGUGGGCAAGGUAGGGCGACUCGGCAAGUGGUAUGUGUCAACUACAGUGACCAUGUGAUCGAUCAGAGCGAGUGCGACCCAGAUUAUAUCCCAGAAACCGACCAGGACUGUUCCAUGUCUCCGUGCCCUCAACGGAUCCCAGACAGUGGCUUGGCUCAGCACCCUUUCCAAAACGAGGAUUAUCGCCCCAGGAGCGCUAACCCUAGCCGCACCCACGUGCUUGGUGGAAACCAGUGGAGGACUGGCCCCUGGGGAGCAUGUUCCAGUACCUGUGCUGGUGGGUCCCAGCGGCGUGUGGUUGUGUGUCAGGAUGAAAACGGAUACACCGCAAACGACUGCGUGGAGAGAAUAAAACCCGAUGAGCAAAGAGCCUGCGAAUCUGGCCCUUGUCCUCAAUGGGCUUAUGGCAGCUGGGGAGAGUGUACUAAGCUGUGUGGUGGAGGCUUGCGAACAAGACUGGUGGUCUGUCAGCGGUCCAAUGGUGAACGGUUUCCAGAUUUGAGCUGUGAAAUUCUUGAUAAGCCUCCAGACCGUGAGCAGUGUAACACACAUGCUUGUCCACAAGACGCUGCCUGGAGUACUGGCCCAUGGAGUUCGUGUUCUGUCUCUUGUGGUCGAGGGCAUAAACAACGAAAUGUUUACUGCAUGGCAAAAGAUGGAAGCCAUUUAGAAAGUGAUUACUGUAAACACCUUGCUAAGCCAAAUGGGCACAGAAAGUGCCGAGGAGGAAGAUGCCCCAAAUGGAAGGCUGGCGCCUGGAGUCAGUGCUCUGUGUCCUGCGGCCAAGGCGUGCGGCGGAGAAAUGUGGGCUGUCAGAUGGGAACACACAAAAUAGCCAGAGAGACCCAGUGCAACCCGUACACCAGACCAGAGUCGGAACGCGCCUGCCAAGCCCCGCCGUGUCCUCUCUACGCUUGGAAGGCAGAGGAAUGGCAAGAAUGCACCAAGACUUGUGGCGAAGGCUCCAGGUACCGCAAGGUGGUGUGUGUUGAGGAGGACAAAGGCACCGAGGUUCAUGGCGUGCAUUGUGACAUGAGCAAGCGGCCUGCGGACCGCGAGAGCUGCAGCUUGCAACCCUGCGAGUAUGUCUGGAUCACAGGAGAAUGGUCGGAGUGCUCAGUGACCUGUGGAAAGGGCUACAAGCAGAGGCUCGUCUCCUGCAGCGAGAUUUACACCGGGAAGGAGAAUUAUGAAUACAGCUACCAAACCACGGUCAACUGCCCUGGCACGCAGCCCCCCAGCGUCCACCCCUGCUACCUGAGCGAGUGCCCUGUUUCGGCCACCUGGAGAGUUGGCAACUGGGGAAGUUGCUCAGUGUCUUGUGGCGUUGGAGUAAUGCACAGAUCUGUACAAUGUUUAACCAAUGAGGACCAGCCCAGCAACUUAUGCCCCGCUGAUCUGAAGCCAGAAGAAAGAAAAACCUGCCACAAUAGCUAUAACUGUGAGUUACCCCAGAACUGCAAGGAGGUAAAAAGACUGAAAGGUGCCAGUGAAGAUGGUGAAUAUUUCCUGAUCAUCAAAGGAAAGCUCCUGAAGGUAUUCUGUGCAGGGAUGCAGUCUGACCACCCCAAAGAGUACGUCACACUGGUCCAUGGCGACUCUGAGAAUUUCUCUGAGGUUUAUGGGCACAGGCUUCACAACCCAACCGAAUGUCCCUACAAUGGGAGCCGACGCGAUGAUUGCCAGUGUCGGAAGGACUACACGGCAGCUGGGUUUUCCAGCUUCCAGAAGAUCCGAAUAGACCUGACCAGCAUGCAGAUCAUAACCACUGACUUACAGUUUGCGAGGACAAGUGAAGGGCAUCCUGUCCCUUUCGCCACAGCUGGGGACUGCUACAGUGCCGCCAAGUGCCCACAGGGUCGUUUUAGCAUUAACCUUUACGGAACCGGCCUAUCUUUAACUGAUUCUGCCAGAUGGAUCUCUCAAGGGAAUUACGCCGUCUCUGACAUCAAGAAGUCGCUGGAUGGUACCCGAGUCAUAGGGAAGUGCGGUGGUUACUGUGGAAAAUGUACUCCGUCCUCUGGCACUGGCCUGGAGGUUCGAGUUUUAUAGUUAAGGUGCUCUGAAGAGGAAGCCAUUAUGGGAUGGAUGAAGGGUAGUAAUGCAAUACCUCCACCUUAAAUUUGGGUGCGUGUGUGUGUGUGUGAGGACUUGUACGCUUGUGUGUGUGUGUGUGUGUGUGUACAUAUGCAUAUAUAUACAUAUACACACACACACAUAUACAUAUGUGUAUAUGUGUGUGUGUAUAUAUGUGGAAUAUCCUAAUGAUGUAAAGUUUAAUAUUUAUGUUUGAAAUUAUUUAUUGUGAUGUAAUAUUUUUGUACGUAAAAUGAUUCUAUUAUGACUGCCUUUUGCAUUAUUUUGUCCCUUGCAGUCAGACCACUGCAUUUUACGUACUCUACAUUAUAUGUAGUACUAUGACGAAAGUGAUUCUUCAUUAUCACGGUACACUAUUGUUUACUUUCUCUCUGUAAAUGUUUUAUUGUUACUUUUUUUAAAUUGUAAUUUGUUUUUUAAAACAACUUAGCCGCCAUCAAGGUGCUACAAGAGUCGUAUAAGGGUAUUUUUGGCAUUCCUAGGAAAGUAUCAUUAGCCAAUAAGUAACUUAGUGAUGUCACAGAUUGUACCAGCUAUUAAUUACAUUAAGCAUCUAUCCAGUUUCAUGUGAUCUCUGGGAAAAAAAUUGCUGCCUUGGUGCUAAUAUCAUAUGUAUUUAAGUGAUCAUCAGACUCAGAAAUAUAAACACUUUUAAUAAAAGGGAGGAAUGGAAGGACAAUUUGCAAUGGACAGAAUCACUUGGAUAAAGUAAGACCAGCUGUUUACCCUUAUUUUUGGACAUGCCACUCUCGGAAGAGAGUUGGACUUUGUUCCUGUUGUUGUUAUUGUUAUUAAUACUUUGCUUCACUUUAUGGUGCCUUGGUCUCUCUGCGGGUAAAUGGAGGGCCCCCAAGCAGUUUCAUUGCAGAAUGACAUUGCGAAAGUGAGAUCCUCUCAGCAUUUUGCCAAGAUAUUCUAAAAUGGGGUCCAAGUUUACCAGGUGCAAGACAGAGGAUGCACAGAAUGGGGGUGACCUUCACACCCCCAGCACAUCUGGAGAAGUUCAGAACCAGGUUCUCAGUCAUCGGGAUUGACUUUUGCAUGAAAACAUUGGCCUGUGACUGACUUCUCUCCAGGCCGUGAGCCUAAGACCCUGCCAGUGUUCAUGGCUGCUGCAGUAAUUGGCGAUUGUGAGAAGAAAUGAACUGUGCACUACAGAAUGCCUGAGUCUUUCCGAUCUUCCAUUAAUCCACUCUUUGUUACUUCUUUCCAAAAUGGAAGUAGCGAAGCCAUGGUCUUUCUGCCCUUCCAACCUGAUUGAAGGGAAGUCAUCGCCAAUGGCCCGUGGCAGACCCUCAGUUUGAGAAACCCUGCCCAUUUCCAAAAACCAAAGAGAUUAGGAAAAACCUGGCAGUAGUCUCCAGCCCCCAACAAACUCCAGAGUGCUCCAGGAAAAGUUAUACUCAGUGUAUGAAUAAGUGUUAUUCUCCAUUAUUAAUACAUUGUGAAAAUAUACUAUGAAUAAAUACCG